CUUCGCCAUAGUAAUAUGGUGGAUUCGUAUCCUGGAUUGAGCGCCGCAGCGCCACGUCUGCAGAUCACUACAGCACACAUACAAUUUAAACGCUUCUGGUAAUUGUUUAAGUGAAUUUGAGAGGUAAUGAAGUGACAGAAACAGAAGAGAAGAGCAUCAUGGUGAAGAGCGUGAAUUCAGAUGUUCAACCGAAAAGUGAAACAUAUGAAGGGACGGAACCGGAACAUAUUGAGACCGGUCCAAACACAGCAGAUGUCGCCAAGGAGCACUCUGCGCCUGCGCCUGGGAUGAUUUGGCGGGUCACCGGUGGUCUUUUUAGCGUCACGAAGGGCGUGGUCGGAGCCACAGUGGGCGGAGUCACCUGGCUGGGUGGUAAAGGUCUGGAAAUCACCAAAUCAGCUGUGAUGGCUGUCCCGUCGGUGGGCGUCGGCCUAGUGAAGGGCGGGGUUUCUGCAGUGGCAGGGGGCGUGUCCACAGCGGGGUCAACAGUAGCUAAUAAAGUUCCGUUCACGGCCAAGAGGAAAGACAAAUCGGAAUGAGAAGUUUAAGAUGUUAUGAGCCAGAACACUUGCUUGAUGCUCAGUUGUUGUGCGAAAGUGCGCAAUUUGCAGUCCAUGUCCGUUUUUAGCCAUUUCUUUUUUUUUUUUUUAUUUCUGCUCUAUUUUAAUGUUUUGUUGGACAGGCUUCAAUUUCAGAGCUUCAUUGUUGGACACAAACCGCUGGUCAGAUGCAUUUAUUGGUGACGGAUAUUUUUAUUUUCACCCAUCAACAUCCAAGACAUUUCUACAAAGGGAAUUUAGUAAAUUUAAUGCAUAUUGUGUUUGUUUGAUUGUUUUGGUAGAACAUUAAUGCCCAAAUCAUAAAGGCUUGAUUUCAAAUGUUUAAUCUUUGUUUCUACGACCAAAGACGCAUUUAGUAAUGAUGUGACCCUCAACACACAGAUAUGUGCCUUUAUUUUGUGUAUACUGGUGUGUUAUCUGUCACAUUGUGUUUAUGAAGUCCAAUUUUUUAUAUAAUAAAGACAUG